AUGGCCACGAUUGAUGUCUCGGCGCAGAGGAGCGCUCUGCUAAACGAUGCGAUUGUUCUGGAGCAUUUACCUACCGAAAUUAUUGAGGUUAUCAGAAAUCAUACUGCCUCAAACCUCCUCGACGCCAUUGCUGAGGCCGCUCUCAUUCCCCAACUUACAGAUCGAAUUUUCAUCCACUUUGAGAAUGUCUUCCCUGACAUCUGCGCACGAUGGCUGCUCAACUCCAGGAACCAAACAAGAAAUGGCGCUGUUCUUACUUGUCUUGCAAGGGUACUGCCGUUUGCUCCGUAUUUGUCGGAAUUUCUUCAACAGGUCAUGAGUGAGGACUUAACCAAGACACCGCCGCCAGGACCACAUACCCUGAGCCUUCGAUUUCCCGAUCUCACCACUCUCACUUCCGCUUCAAGUUCUGAUCUUUUGGCACUGCUAUUGGCAGCAUGGAGACUUGUUUGCUUUGACCAAAGAACCUACGGCGUCUUAGUCUCACCCACUCAUAUGCAGGUUCUCUUCUCACACGAGAGCCGCGUCGUCCGGUAUACGGCGAUCCGAAUUUUCACACAGAUUCUUCGUGCUUCCGACUCAAAACUGGAAGCCCUUAUCAACGAGCAUGUUGGGACGAGAGAGGCUAUUCUCGCUGACUUUGACGGAUGUGAAGUAGACUAUGGUUUCUUGAGUCUGUAUGAAGAUGCAAGGAUCAAGAAGACUGCGGCGCUGCGCCGCGAAAUUGGCGAUGCUUCCCACAGCAAUCAAAUCCAACCCGUUUCACCACAAAGUCUGACCCCUUUCGUUGCAUGCUACGGCAACACAAUACUGCCGCGACCGUCCGGACCGGUCGAGAAGAACUCAUCCCUUGUGCUGACGUCCACAACUACUCAAAACCUGGAGACUCUGGCCGGUCUUCUGAAAAAGUCCAGUCCCAUUUUGCUACACGGCCUUCCCGGAUCUGGUAAGACUUCGCUGGUCCACGAAGUCGCGAAAGAGUUUGGAAAGCAUUCGGAGAUGGUGACAUUACACAUCAAUGAGCAAACAGACGCCAAGAUGCUCAUUGGACUUUACUCCACUGAUUCGAAACCAGGAACCUUUUCCUGGAGGCCAGGUGUUUUGACAACUGCAGUCAGGGAGGGAAGAUGGGUGGUCAUCGAAGACCUGGAUAGGGCGCCGAACGAAGUCAUCAGCACACUGCUUCCCUUGAUCGAGCGUGGCGAGCUCCUUAUUCCAAGUAGAGGAGAGCGAAUUCGAGCUGCUAGUGGAUUCCGACUCUUCGGCACGGUCAGAACCUCUCGUGGUAUGCAUGGACGGGAAACCCUCCCUAACCUACUGGGUUUGCGGUUCUGGCAACUUGUCUCUGUACAAACGCCGACAGAGACAGAGUUACAGGACAUUAUUACCGGAUCUCACCCCAUUCUGCAUAAAUUUGCACCUGGUAUUCUGUCUGUUUAUCGGCGAUUGUCGAAACCAAUUUCUGGCAAUAUGCCCUUCUCAUCUAGUCGCGGCAUGGCCGACCGUCAAGCCAGUUUACGAGAUCUUCUGCGGUGGUGCAGGCGUCUUACAGCCACGCUUUCCGCCGCAGGCUGUAGCACUGGCGAUGAACCCAUAAGCGAAACUACUCGGGACUGGAUGUUUAUGGAAGCCGUCGAUUGUUUUGUGGCAGGCAUCCCGGAUGUCCAGGCUAAGAAACACCUUAUAUUCGCCAUCGCCGAGGAGAUGCAUAUGGCAAAGGAAAGAGUUGAGCACUUCCUUGAAGCUUACAUUCCCCAGCUUGAACAGAACGACACCCAAUUCAAGAUCGGUCGGACAACACUACGGAAACGUAAAGAUCGUGUUAAUAAGGCUGCUCUUGCCAAGAGGCCUUUCGCAAGCACGACGCAUGCAAAGAAGUUGCUGGAGCAAGCUGCAGUAGCGGUUAAUCUUGGUGAGCCAAUCCUGCUCGUUGGUGAGACCGGUAUUGGCAAGACUACAGUCGUUCAACAACUAGCCGACACGCUGGGCCACAAGCUUGUUGCGAUCAACUUGUCCCAACAGAGCGAAGCCGGCGAUCUCCUCGGAGGCUUCAAGCCUGUCAAUGUUCGAAGUCUCGCAGUACCUCUAAAGGAAGAGUUUGAGGACCUUUUUUCUGCUACCGGCAUAUCACAAACCAAGAACCAACGGUAUCUUGAGCAGCUUGGAAAAUGCUUUGCCAAGGGCCAAUGGGCAAAGGUUGCUAAACUGUGGCGUGAAGCUCCCAAAAUGUUCAAGAAAAUUAUUGAAGAGUUGACCCAACGCGAAAGAGAAAAGUCAGAGGCUGGUGAUGAAGGAGCCCAGCCGGUGAAGCGUCGAAAGACUGAGUCCAAACUUCAGACUCUUCUCGAACUCAGCCCUCGCUGGGACCAGUUCUCCCGCAACCUCGAUCAGUUUGAAGUUCAACUCUCCGGAGGCGCAACUGCGUUUGCAUUCUCGUUCGUCGAGGGUAACAUCGUAAAGGCUGCUCGAAACGGUGACUGGGUUUUGCUCGAUGAAAUCAAUCUUGCAUCCCCCGAUACGUUAGAGAGCAUUGCAGACCUCUUGACGGGACCUGUUGAAACUCCUUCUAUUUUGCUCUCUGAGACGGGCGAGAUCGAGCGGAUCAAGGCACACCCGAAUUUCCGCAUUUUUGGCGCUAUGAAUCCGGCAACAGAUGUGGGCAAGCGCGAUCUCCCCAUUGGCAUUCGGUCCCGAUUCACAGAGCUCUACGUUGACAGCCCUGACAAGGAUGUCAAGGAUCUGCUCACCAUCGUUAAGACGUACUUGAAGAGCAGUAGCACCAAAGAUGAGCAGGCAGCAGACGACAUUUCGCGUUUGUAUCUUGAUACCAAGCUUCGUGCCGAGCAGAAGAGUUUGGUUGAUGGAGCCAACGAGGUACCGCAUUUCAGUCUUCGCACACUCACUCGGGUUUUGACUUAUGUCAAUCAUAUUGCCCCGUUUUAUGGCCUUCGUCGAGCCCUGUACGAGGGAUUCUCAAUGGGCUUUCUUACUCUUCUUGAUAGGGACUCAGAAAAGCUGCUUAUGCCUCUAAUUGACCAUCGUCUGUUUGGCCGAGUACCAAAUCCUCAGUCCCUACUCUCUCAACCACCGAAGCAACCUGAUGAUGGCAAGCAAUAUGUACGCUUCCGAAACAAGGCAAAGGAUCGCCAUUAUUGGCUGGCUCAGGGUGAACUGCCCCCUCAAGAGAGGUCAGAUUACAUUGUCACUCCGUACGUAGAACGGAAUUUGCUCAACCUGGUCCGAGCAACUUCUACACGGCGCUUUCCUAUCCUCAUUCAGGGUCCUACGUCAGCAGGAAAAACUAGCAUGAUCGAGUAUCUGUCCAACUUUACCGGCAACAAAUUUGUGCGCAUCAACAAUCACGAACACACUGAUCUUCAAGAGUACUUGGGCACAUACAUAUCUGAUUCGACUGGGCGACUCCGCUUCCAAGAAGGUCUGCUUGUCCAAGCCAUGCGACAAGGUCAUUGGAUUGUGCUGGAUGAGCUUAACCUCGCGCCUACUGAUGUCCUUGAGGCCUUGAACAGACUUCUCGACGACAAUCGAGAGCUUUUAAUCCCUGAGACGCAAGAGAUUGUGAAGCCACAUGAAAAUUUCAUGCUCUUCGCCACACAGAACCCUCCAGGCUUGUAUGGUGGUCGAAAGGUUCUUUCUCGUGCAUUCCGCAACCGCUUCUUGGAACUGCACUUCGACGAUAUCCCUGAAGAUGAGCUGGAGUUUAUCCUACAAAAGAGGAGCAGCAACACUGCGCCUUCGGACUGCAAGCGUAUCGUCUCGGUGUACAAGGAGCUUUCUCGUCUUCGUCAAACCAGCCGGCUAUUUGAGCAAAAGGACAGUUUUGCCACACUCCGUGACCUGUUUCGAUGGGCUCUGCGUGAGGCUGACAAUCGCGAACAAAUCGCCAUCAAUGGCUUCAUGCUUCUAGCUGAGCGAGUUCGCGUUGAAGAGGAACGCACUGCGGUCAGAGAAGUCAUUGAGGGCGUCUUCAAAGUCAAGAUUGAUCCAGACGUUCUAUACACCGCCAAGUACUCCCCUAUCUUGAGCAAGAUUCAGGCCAUGCCCAACAACCACGGUGUCGUCUGGACCCGAGCGAUGCGUCGUCUCUAUGUAUUGGUUGACACUGCCAUUCGAAACAAUGAACCUGUCCUUCUUGUUGGCGAGACCGGUUGCGGUAAAACCACUGUCUGCCAGAUUCUUGCAGAGGUGCUCGGAAAGGAACUGCACAUCGUUAAUGCUCACCAAAACACCGAGACUGGAGAUCUUAUUGGUUCUCAAAGACCUGUGAGAAACCGCGGCGCGAUUGCUGAUUCUCUGAAGAGCGAACUGAGUUCCGUUCUCGGACAGUUUGGCGAAGACACAGCUGGCACGUUGGAAGAGCUGCUUCAGAGAUAUCACGUGCUCUCGCCAGAGGCGCAGGCCAAGAUUGAUUCUGCAACCCAGGAGAAGAUCGCAACAUUGGAGACAAAGAGCAAAGCUUUGUUUGAGUGGUCCGACGGCAGUCUCGUUCAUGCUAUGAAGUCCGGUCAGUUCUUCCUGCUCGAUGAGAUCUCGCUCGCCGAUGAUUCCGUUCUGGAGCGUUUGAACUCGGUUCUCGAGCCUGGGCGGUCUUUGCUGUUGGCUGAAAAGGGCAUUGACAACUCGUUCGUCACCGGAGCAGACGGAUUCCAAUUUUUCGCGACGAUGAACCCCGGAGGCGAUUUCGGCAAGAAGGAAUUGUCCCCGGCACUGAGGAACCGUUUCACUGAAAUAUGGGUUCCAGCCAUGUCAGAAACUGAUGACAUGCUGGACAUUGUCCUCUCCAAGCUCGACCCAGCCUUCAAGUCGUUUGGAGGGCCGGUGGUGCAGUUCGCACACUGGUUUGGACAGACUUUCAGAUCUUCAUCGUCGACCGCCUUUUCAAUUCGUGAUAUCUUGAUCUGGGUCAACUUUAUCAACCUCUGUGGUCCGACAGCGCCCCAGUUCGCCGUGGUUCAUGGUGCAGCUACUGUCUUUGUUGAUAGUCUGGGCGCCAAUCCCUCAGCCUUGCUGGCCAUGGAUCCGAAGGCACUUGAUUCACAGAGACAAAAGUGCCUCGACAAGCUUAGCGAACUGCUUGGUUACGACACAACGGCUAUCUAUCGAGCGCAGCCUGAGGUGGCGUUAACCGAAGACCGCCUGUCAAUUGGUGACUUUGGCCUGCCCAGGGAAGCUGGUCGCAAGUCUGAUCCUAGCUUUGCUUUCAAUGCUCCAACCACAAGACUCAACGCUAUGAGAGUAAUGCGCUCGCUCCAAAUGCGUAAGCCCAUUCUGUUAGAAGGUAGCCCAGGUGUCGGCAAGACGACGCUUGUUGCUGCCCUAGCUCGCGUGUGCGGACGGCCCCUGACAAGAAUCAACCUGUCUGACCAAACUGAUCUUAUGGAUCUGUUUGGUACGGACAUGCCAGUCGAGGGAGCCGAGGCCGGUAAUUUCGCCUGGCGUGAUGCACCCUUCCUCCAAGCUAUGCAAAAUGGCGAGUGGGUUUUACUGGAUGAAAUGAACUUGGCUUCGCAGUCUGUUCUCGAAGGUCUCAACGCAUGUCUUGACCACCGUGGCGAGGUCUACAUCUCUGAACUGGACCAGGUCUUCAAGCGCCAUCCAGACUUUCGCCUGUUUGCCGCACAGAAUCCUCACCAUCAGGGAGGUGGUCGAAAGGGUCUUCCAAGCUCAUUCGUGAACAGAUUCAUCGUCGUGUACGCCGACACCUUCACAGAAGAAGACCUUCUCCUUAUUGCACAGCAUAACUUCCCUAGCAUUCCUACUGAGGUUAUCAGCGGAGUCAUUAAAUUCAUAUCUUGCCUUGACCACCAGGUUGCUAUUGAGAAAGCGUUUGGCGCACACGGAAGCCCUUGGGAAUUCAAUCUGAGAGAUAUCCUUCGAUGGCUGCAUCUUCUGGCCACUUCAGACCCAUUGCUAGCUACUGGCAAGCCCGAUGACUUCCUUGAUCUCAUCAUUCGACAACGUUUCCGCUCUCUUACAGAUCGCGAGGAGGUGAACAAGCUCUUUUCUCAGGUCUUUUCCAGGGCUCCGGAUGGCCACAGUCUUUAUCAUGCUACAGACGCCACUUUCUGCCAAGUUGGAAACGCUUUGCUUCCCAGAAACCAGACAUUGCAGCCUGUACCGCUGCCAGGCAUCGAUAUCGUGCCUCGGCUGCCGGAGAUGGAGUCGCUCAUGAUAUGCAUCAAACAAGACAUCCCUUGCAUUCUUAGUGGCCCCUCUGGAAGCGGCAAAUCGGUCCUGCUCGAGCAUGUCGCUGCGCUAGUUGGAAAGCCGCUUGUUGUGUUCCCUCUCAAUGCCGAUAUUGACACAAUGGAUCUUGUUGGUGGCUUCGAGCAGUCAGAUCCUCUGCGGGAAGUGAAUGCUUCAUUGCGAGAACUCCGCGAAGGCCUGCAAACCACGAUCUUGACGCGUGUGCCUGGCCAAGUCCCAUCCCAAGCACUUGCUUUGUUGCAUCUGCUGGAGUCUUACCGUGGCGACACUGGCUCUCUUCCCGCCAUCACAACUUCUGUUGAAAAUGUGCUCUCUGAAGUAGCAGAAGAUUCGGAGAUCGGCGCGCUCUUGUCCAACGUCCACAAUGUCCUGGAAAGGCCGUUAAUUGUUAGCAACCCUCGCUUCGAAUGGUUAGACGGAGUCAUUGUCAAGGCCCUCGAAACGGGUCAAUGGCUGGUCUUGGAUAAUGCAAACUUGUGCAAUGCCUCUGUCUUGGACAGACUCAACUCUCUGCUUGAGCCAAACGGCUUCUUGAGCAUCAAUGAACAUUGCGGUCCCAACGGAGAGCCUCGCAUCAUUAGACCACACCCGGAAUUCCGCAUCUUCUUGACAGUCGAUCCGCGGUACGGCGAGCUGUCACGAGCUAUGAGAAACCGAGCUGUUGAGAUUCACCUCAGCGAGCGAUCAGUGCAGGAUCAGCCAUCCCACAGAUACAAUGUUCACGUUGAAAGCAGUCUUGAAAGGUUCUCUUCUUCCAGGGACAUUUCUGCCGCAGUUCUCAGACAAGAUGCCACCUCGGGAGUCUCUAAGGCCACUCUCGAAAACCUGUCGCUUAAAGAUACAGCUCUCAUGGAAAGGUUUUCUCAUUCUAUUAACCGGGGUCUGGCUGACCUUCCUUCUUCUUCGCUUGAAAAGUAUCAGGACAGUUUGAAGGAGCAACUCACAUAUAUGGAUGCUACUGAGACAGCUGGCCUCCGACAGGCUGUCUUCGACCUUUACGCCAGCCUCCCUGAUUCAAGCUCUGGCCUUGGAAACGCACAGUUGUUCGUUAAGCCUCUCAACCCGCUCCAUAACGCUCCCGUGGUGCGUGUUCUGCACCGCAACAACGGAGAUCUGGCUUUCUGGCUCUCAGUAUGCUAUGACUUUAUGCUGGAGAUACAGCGCUGUCAAGCUGUAAUUUCCUCUCAAGUGAACAAAGCAAGGGCAGCGAAGCUCGCCUCUUUGAACCGCCUCCAACGAUCUAUCGUGUCGGACCGCAUCGCAGCAGUUGCGAAGGACUCCACAGUCAAAGUCUCCAAGUUCCUGUCGAAGACGCUUCAAGCUAUCAGGGCUUUUAUACAGGCCAACCUAAAGUCAGCUCAUGGCUGGGAGGAACGUGCCCAGGUCUUGCGAAGAAUACUUGAUUUCUGGUGGCGAACUAUCAAUCUUACAACUCAGCACAUGUUUGAAGAAGCACGAUUCCAAGCCCAUUUGGUGCAUGGCGUCGAGUCCGUGCAAAGCCUGCUUUCGCCAACGACAGAUAACAUCAAUCGACAACUCGCUGACCUCUAUCUUCAAACCCUUGAAGAUGACUUCACGACUGGUUUCCGACUCUCGACAGGAUUGAGUAUGGAGGUAAUGUGGAAGCGCUUCAAGCCGUUGCCCGUGAUGAGCGGAGAAACACUCAGCAAGAGCCAAGAGAUCGAACGACUGGGCAUACGACUUGAUGAACUCAAAUGGAGAGUUAAGGCAUCUGUUUCCGACCUAGCCAGAGCCAUGACUACUCUUGUUACUGCAGAUGAAAUCGUGCGAAAGAGCAACUCCGAUGCCACCGAGCUUAUCGAUGACCUGACGAAGGAAAUUGAGCUUCUCGAGACCAAGGUUGGCUCAGUGUCUAGUGAGGUCAAACCAUUCUUCGCCUCGGAGUUUGAAACUCUGAGAGAGAUUUCUGUCCUGCAAUCUCAGGAAUCUGAUCACCCACAAUGCAAUGCGAGCCAGCCAGACCUAGUUGUGCUAUCAAAUCAGCAAACGAUCGACCAGAUCCGCUUGGGCAGCUUCGGUGGCAGAGAGGCACGAUCUUUGACAAUUGGUCUUCUGGCCUCCGAGGACUCAAAUGCUCAUGCCUGGAACGGCAAGUUUGCCAUGUCACUCUUGUCCAGGCUUGGCUCUCUCCCAAACACCAGCUUGCGCUCUCUGGGACUGCUUGAGACCGAGCUUCCCUCCCUGGGACGGUCUGUUGCAUCACUAGUCCCCUCGUUACAGGACAGCCAAAUAGCUGCCCUUAACAAGGCUCUGAGAACAUUACUCACAACAAUUUUCGUCGUCCACGACGAUAAGCGAGACGAGCCCUUGAUUACGAUUUACCAAGAGGCUGUGGAACAGCUCAAGGAAUCACAGAGCAUGUCUCAGAAGUUCCCGCAGCUGGUUACUCGAUUUAAUGAUGAUUUUUCUGCGGAGUGGCCUCCUCAUCUCGUGCAAAUUGCCAAGGAACACCUGGUCCCUGCAACGGUUGCUCUAGCAUUCUCCGAUGCUUCUAUACAACACACCACCGACUUCUCCAAAGCUCGUGAUGUAGCUGCUUUUUCUGCAGUUGCCUGGGUUGAGUUUGCCAUUGGUGCUAUCAAGCUUUACGUGCCCGACAAGUCGUUCGAUCCGCAAUUGCGACCACAAUUUGAGAAAGACGUUCACGACGAGCUGACGAGAGAACUUCAACACAAACUCGCAUCCCUGAUGGACUUUGAGUCUCGUUUCACAGGUCAAGACACGUCCCUCAGCAUUCAACUCGUCCAGAACGAUAUCAAUGCACUUGGGCCGGCACCGGCACCUACACAGCUACUCUACCGGCCCCCUCGGUCGGAGCUGAACCAAGUUCAGACAGACUUUAAUAACGUUCUGAAGAUGACCAUUGGACAGAACUUGUCGGCUAGUCACACUGCCUUCGCUUUGUCAAGUUCUAUUGAGGCUAAACAGGAUAUUGAGCUCAUCAAGCAGAACCUGGCUUUGAUGAUUGAUCGCCUGGCUAACCGAUUUAACGCCUAUCAAGACAUGACACGACCUCUUGUCAAUAUUCUUGGCUGUCUAAAGCUGGGUCUUUCUAUAAGUGACGGACUCGAUUCUAUAGAGACUCAUGCAACAGACACCACUCUUAUGGACUUAACACCCUUCCUAGGGGGUAAACCUCAGCACCAUGUUCUUGCCAAAUUCCCAAACAAGACCCUAGAAUUCCUGGACUACGUUGGACUGAUCACAUCAGUCGAGGGGCUUUCGAACCUCAACGUUUCUCUCCGCGAAGCAUUGUUUGAAUGUGUUCACGGAUUUUUCCAAGAAUGGAUGAAGAAGCUUGAUGCAGACCGCAAAGCUGAAGAGGCUAGAACAAGUCUUUACCGAUUCAAGGGAAGCUUUGAGGAUGAAGAAGAAAUGAACGAGGAAGAAUUCAACGAAUUGUUCCCCACAUACGACGGCGAUCAAGAAGAGAAACCCUCAGUUGGACGCCAGAAGGUCCGCGACGUGUCGGUCAGACUCGCGGAAUCUCAUCGCAAGAUCUUCCUUGAGCCAGUUACCCCAUCCGAUGCACUCCGGGAAGUAUGCAAGUCCGUAGGAAAGGGAGCUGCUGCUGAUGUGGUGGAAAAGGCCGCUGUGCAUCAAGGCAUGAACAAGGUGGUCCUUCCAUUGACACUUUGGUCUCUGGAUGAGCAGAUGGCAGCCCUCAACGCCAAUACCGUCAGCCCCGACUACAACUUCUACACAGACGCCAACCUCCUCGAGGUUCGUCGCCUUGUUGCGCUCAUCGACAAGGUGGAAAUUCGCUUCCGAGAGUUGCAACAAGUCGAUGAGAUUGGCUACAUGCAGCCGCUGGCAGAUGUAUUGGCGGCCUGUGAACAGCUCCUUCAGCUUACCCACACGGAGCCCUUGGCCAAGAUUUUGCCCAAACUGGAACAUCUGCACGGUAUUGUGUACGAGUGGCAGCAUGGAGGCUAUGCUCCUGGCAUUUACGGCGCGCCUGCGCUGUACACAUCGUUGACGGACACCAUCAUCAGCUGGCGACGCCUGGAGCUCUCAACUUGGGCUAAGCUCUUUGACAUGGAAGCUCAAAAGUGCUCAGAGGAUGCCGACUCAUGGUUCUUUGUUGCCUACCAGGUCGUCAUCGCAGUUCCUCUUUCUCUCGUCGACUCGCCUGAGCUGAAGGACUACGGUGUCAACCUGUUCAAGGAACUCGAGACUUACUUCUCUACUGCGAUCAUUGGCCAGUUUUCUGCCCGCCUUAGAUUGCUAAGACAAUUGCAGAAGCACCUGGAACUCCUCUCUGUGGACUAUAAAUCCUUGUCAGUCAUUCGCGAUGCGGUCCUCAACUUCAUUGACUUCUACUCCCGCUUCGAGAAGGUUGCCAGUGAGACCAUAGCCAAGGGUAGGGCUCCGAUUGAGAAGAACAUGAAGGAAGUUGUGCUCUUGGCCAGUUGGAAGGAUACCAACAUCAACGCUUUGCGGGAGAGUGCCCGAAGGUCUCAUCAAAAGCUCUUCCGAAUUGUUCGGAAGUUCCGCGGCGUCCUUGGUCAGCCGAUGAAACCAAUUUUGGAUCAGGGUCUUCCUGAAGAAGAGGUCUCCCGCAGUCCAGGCUCAGUCGCUGCUGGAAAGGUUGAGAUCCAAGCUGACUCGGUCGCCAUAUCUAACUGCAAUAGAGGCUUCCCCGGUUGGUUGACCCAGCAUAAGCGUCUUUCCAACGCCUCCAAGACACUUUCAAUCAUGGCUAGUGUCACCACCCGAGCUAGCCAAUGCCCGUUGGAUGCUACCCAAGAGGUCGACUCAUACAUUGAAAGUCUCAACUCUUCUAUUGCAGAACUGCGAAAGGAAACCCCCGGCACCCUGACCGAUGAGAACAAAGACCAGGUCAAGCAUCUGAAGACCCGCAAGCGCAACCUCUUCGCAGACGUCCUGAAGGCGCUAAGACAGAUGGGUUUCCGACACAACCUAGGAACAGAGGAGCUGGCGAAGCAGAAUUCAGUUGCUCUCGUUCUCACCAACAUGCCGGCAUCCGACAUCCUCCAAACCUACUCCAACGAUGCCGCCGAAUACUACUUCCACAAGGUUGUCGACAUUGCACCCCAAGUUAGACUCGCUGCUCAUGACUACUCGAGCGAGCUCACCGGUGCUGAAGUAGCCCGAAGUUCUGGUUUCGUGGAAGGCAUGAUGGCUGUUGUGUUGAGCCAACACAGCUCUCUGGUGGCCGCUCGCACGGCAAUCUCUUCACUUGACCGCAUCAUGGCGUCAGUCCAGAGCCUGGCCAAGAGCUCUGAUCUCCAGCAUGCUAAGAACCUUGGUUUCGACCACAGAGUCAGUGUGAAAUGGUGGAAACCCAUCUUGGAGUUCGGAAUCAAGGUGGUUGAGAUUCACGGCAAACUAGCUUCGGUUGACAAUAAGAAUGCCCUGGCCUUCCUCCAAGGCUACUUGAAGACAUCUGAGGAGGUCUCCAAGAACCUAGAAGAAGCGGAUUCUGGCCUUGAGAAAUUCGUGCCUAAUGGCCAAGAUGUCCUCCAGUCGCUGGUUCAGCUAGAGGAGCAGAACAUCAAGAGACAUGUAACGACUGGAACAGAAUACAAAGACCUUGACUUCGUCAUGAGCCAAGUUUCCAGUUGGUUCAGUGUCCAAAUACCCCACGACCAUGGCAGGGAUGAAGCCCUGGACAGCACCGCCCAGCAGUUCAAGGAUUCGGUGUCCAAUCUCUGCGACGCCGUCCUUGUGGCUGUGCAAGGAUACAAGAAAGUUAUGGAUGAUCUACCGACCUCGUCUGAAGAACUAGGCUGGCUUUCCAAGACUAGUGCUGUCCGUAAUACUAGUCUCACCGCACUGCAUGUCAAUGCAAUUGUGGGCAAGAUGGAGGCGUGCUUGUCCGCCUUGGAACGUGUUGACCUGGAGAACCGUACGACGAGCGCGGCCGCCACAUCUCUUCUCAUGAUUAUCAACCCGAUUCUCCAACAAUAUGCCCUGACAUGUCAUCAGAGUUUCUCUCAGCUUUACAGCUUGCAUGCAGCGACUGGCCACAUGACCUACCAGCUCGCACGGACAUUCACGCAACUCGCUGCCAAGGGCUUCUGCACACCGCAAGAGAAGUCGGACGAGACAGCUGGUGACUCUGGCAAACUGGAGUCUGGAACGGGUCUGGGAGACGGCGAAGGAGCGGAUGAUAUUAGCAAAGACAUCCAGCCGGAUGAGGAUUUGUCGGAGCUUGCACAAGAGCCGAACAAAGAAGAAAGUGGAGAGAUGGAGAACCAAAAGGACGCAGUUGACAUGGCAGAUGAAGAGCUCGAAGGCGAGAUGGGCAGUGUUGAUGGCGAUGAUGAGGAGGAUAAAGAAGACGGGGAAGAGAAGGAUGGUGACGAGAAUGAGAUGGACGAAGAGCUUGGUGACGUUGACGACCUGGAUCCCACUGCCGUUGAUGAGAAGAUGUGGGAUGGUGAGAAUGAGGAGGAGGCGGAGAAGGACCAGCAAGGCGAGAAAGCCAAUGGUCAGAAGAAGAAGGAUGAACAGAUGGCGGCUGACAACGAUGCCAAGGCCGACGAGAACGAGGCCGAGGACGAUGAGCAGCAAGUUGACCAAGGAGAUGAGGAAAUGGAGGAUGAAGCUGUUCCGGAACAAGAAGACGUCAAGUUUGAGGAAGAGAUCAAGCAGGACCAGAAUGUGGAGCAGAACGACACUCUCAACAUGCCUGAGGAAAUGGACUUCGACUUCAAGGACGAUGGGGAAGACGAGUUAUCAGAAGACGAUGAUCUCGACCAGUUGUCGGACAUGGAAAAGGACGAGCUUCAGCAAAAGCAAGAGGACAACAUUGAGGAUGGCGAGGAAGAACCGCAGAAGCCUGACGAGAAAGGUUCAGAGGAAGAAGAACAACAAGAACCAGAGCAGCUCGAAGAGGAGGAUCUCGCUGGUGAGCCGGAGAUUGAUACGGAGCCUAAGGCAGAGGAGGAAGAAGAGCAGCAGCAGCAGCAGCCCGAAGAGCCUGAGUCUCACAUGGACCAGCCUCGAGACAACUCUAACGCUGAUGCAAAUGCUGCCCCGAGCGAUGUAAAGGGCGGUGGCGAGGAUCAAGAUGCCGAUCAAAUGGAUCUUGAAAACAACUUCAGCAACAACGCGGCCCAGAGAGAUGAAGGUGACGCUGGGGACGGCGCUUCCGAGCAGAAGGCCAGUGCCGGCAAGAAGGGAGCUCUUUCCAGGUCAGAUGAACAGGCGCAGCCCACCGAGCAAGACCAAGAUGAUGCGCCUGAGAGUAACCGUCAGGAUCCUUUCAAGAAGCUUGGCGAUGCCCUUGAACGCUGGCACCGACAACAGAGCGAUAUCAAGGACCCUGAGAAGCAGGAAGACGGCGAGCAAAAGCAGUCUCAGGAUGUCGAUGCGGACCUCGGCGCUCGCGAGUUCCAGCAUCUUCAAGACGAUGAGACCGCUGCCGAUACGCAAGCCCUCGGCACUGCUUCUGAAGACCAAGUGCAGCCCAUUGAUGAGAACAUGGCCAUUGAUGAAGAAAAAGAAGACCCGACGAGCCGCGUGAUGCCGGAGAAUGAAGAUGUGGACAUGGAGCAAGACCCUGACACAAUGGACACGACGGAGGCCCCUGAGGCUCAAGAAAAAGAGGGUGCCGCUGACAAGGAUGAUGGUCGCUCUGGAGUCAAGACAAGACAGGGCGCUUUCGAUCGUGAAAAUUCGCCCUCGGAAGACGACAUCGAACGAAACGACGAUGAAGAGGAGGAAGAGCAAGUUAUCGAGGAGACAUCUGAGCAACUCUCCACGACCCACAUCAGCGAUGAACAACGAACACUCCGUGACUUCUCCGAAUCUCUUCAAUCAUGGACAUCCUUCCAAACCAAGACGCACCCGCUGUCGCUCUCACUCACCUCUCAGCUACGCCUCAUUCUCACACCUUCCCAGUCCACCAAGCUCUCCGGCUCCUACCGCACCGGCAAGCGUCUCAACAUCAAGAAGAUCAUCCCCUAUAUCGCCUCGAGCUACAAGCGUGACAAGAUCUGGAUGCGCCGCGCCAUCCCCACGAAGCGCUCCUACCAAAUCCUCCUCUGUGUCGAUGACAGCCGCAGCAUGGGUGAGUCCAGCUCCGGCAACCUCGCCCUCGAGUCGCUCGUCAUGGUCUCUCGGGCCCUCACCAUGCUUGAGGUCGGCCAGGUCGGCAUCCUCGGCUUUGGCGCAGACACUUUCAUGGCGCACGACUUCAACGAGCCAUUCGCGUCGCAUGAUGCUGGUGCAAAGGUGUUGCAGCACUUCUCCUUCAACCAGGACCGUACCGAUAUCCAACUCCUUGUCCGCAACACCAUUGAUCAUUUCCGCACGGCAAGGAUGCAGAACCCUGCCCGCGGCGCCGAAGAUCUCUGGCAGCUUGCGUUGAUCUUGUCGGAUGGUCUGACUCCUUCUAACCAGCACGACGGUAUCCGUCGACUGCUGCGCGAAGCGAUGGAAGAGCGCAUAAUGGUUGUCUUCAUCGUCAUGGAUGACACUGGCAAGAAGAAGGGUGACAGUGUGCUUGAUCUCAAGGAGGCCAAGUUCGUCAAGGAUGAGAGCGGCAAUAGCCGCGUCGUCAUCGAGAGGUAUCUGGAUACGUUCCCCUUCCAGUAUUACCUGAUUGUACAUAACCUGGAGGACCUGCCUAGCGCCCUGGCGGGAUUGUUAAGGACAUGGUUCGCCGAGGUUAACUCGUGA